AUGGUCACCUGCCUGGUGCUGGCCAGUGUGCCCCAGAGGACAAUGAUAAGCACUGACCCCAUGGCCACCGUGGCUGCACCGCAAUUCCUCCCCUGUCCAACGUGUCCUGCCCAGUGGCACUACUGGACCUCCUUCAUCCUCGUCAUCCCCUCGGGCCUGUGGCACCCAUCUGCUCUGUCCCCUUUUGGAGCUCAGGCUGGGUACCAGCAGCUCCGUCCUUGUCUGGGCAGCACCAACUGUCCCAGGUUGCCAGAUGCUUCCAGGCUGAGUAGCUGGCAUGGGGUGGGCAUGAUGGUGGUGGUGAGAGGGUGGUUCCUCAGUGGUAUCUGUGGCUGGGAGGACUAUGGGCAUCACACCUGGGUGACCUGGCACAGAGUGGCAGAUGGCGACGGUGGCCAAAAGCUCUCAGAUGCGGACGAGUGGCACCUGCCACGGGAGCUCUGGGCAUGCCCCAGAGUGGGUGACCCUGGGCCACCUCCCACCCAGGCGCUCCCCACGGUUCAGGUGCAGGAGUGGAACGUGGAGGCCCCGCACCUGAUGCCGCUGCAGCCGCCGCUGCUGCCGGAGCGGGCACACGUGCGGGAGGCACAGCUCCACUCCGCAGAGGCCUCGCUCUGGACCGUGGUGGCCACGGUGCAGGCAAUGGAGAGGAAGAUCGACCUGCUGGCCACCCGCCUGCUCAGCCUGGAGGGGCGAUCCGGCACAGCUGAGAAGAAGCUCCUAGACUGCGAGAAGACAGCCAUGGAGUUCGGGAACCAGCUGGAGAGCAAGUGGGCAGUGCUGGGCACCCUGAUCCAGGAGUACGGACUGCUGCAGCGGCGCCUGGAGAACGUGGAGAACCUCCUCAAGAACAGGAACUUCUGGGUGCUGCGGCUGCCCCCUGGCCCCCGGGGUGAGGUCCCCAAGGUGCCAGUGACAUUUGUUGACAUUGCUGUCUACUUCUCGGCGGAGGAGUGGAAGAAUCUGGAGGAGUGGCAGAAGGAGCUGUACAAUAACCUGGUGAAGGAGAACUACGAGUCCUUGAUCUCCUUGGAUGGUGCCCUCUCCAGGAGCGAGGUGCAGCCCCGCAGCGAGAGGGGAGAGGGUCCCUGUGUCCCUGAGCAGAGGGAGCUGGAGCAGAGGGAGCUGCCACCAGACACCUGUGCAGGAGCAGAGUCACUGAUCUCCACCUCCGACAUCCUGUCCCGCAUCAAGCAGGAGGUGGCCUUCGUGGGGGAGCAGCAGUUCACGGAGGAGAGAGCGAUGCCACCUGACCCCUGUGCGGAUGCCCUGAUCACGGCGCAUGACUUCCUGUCCUGGAUCAAGCAGGAGGAGGAGCCCUGUGUCCGCGAGCCCUGGGAGCUGCCUGAGAGGGAGAUGCUGACAGGUCCUGGUCCUGCCGGCGAGGGGAUGCUGGUGAAGACGGAGGAGCGGUGCCCCCACGCCGAGCCCCCCGAGGAGGUGGGUUUGCCAGGGGGCUCCGGGGAGCUACUCUUCCCAGGUGCGGGCUUCGGGAACCCCGAAGGACCGGCGGCAGCGGUGCCGACGGCCGUGGCGAUGCCGGCGCAGCACAGACUGGCCAAAGCUCCGGCCCCAGAGCCGGGCCCCGGGGCGGAGCCCGCAGGGGUGCCCAGCGCCACGCCGGGCCCCACCGAGGAGCGUCCGCACGGCUGCGCCGAGUGCGGGAAGAGCUUCAGCGGGAAGAAGAGUCUGCGGAUCCACCAGCGCAGCCACGCCGCCGAGCGGCCCUACCCCUGCGCCGAGUGCGGCAAGAGCUUCAACUGCCAUUCGGGGCUGGUGCGGCACCAGAUGAUCCACCGCGGCGAGCGGCCCUACAAAUGCUCCGAGUGCGGCAAGUGCUACAGCCGCAAGGAGCACCUGCAGAACCACCAGCGGCUGCACACCGGCGAGCGCCCCUUCGCCUGCGCCGCCUGCGGCAAGAGCUUCAUCCGCAAGCAGAACCUGCUCAAGCACCAACGCAUCCACACCGGCGAGAGGCCCUACCAGUGCCCGGCCUGCGGGCGCAGCUUCCGCUACAAGGAAUCCCUCAAGGAUCACCAGCGGGUCCACGGGGCCGAGAGACCCUACACCUGUUCCCAGUGCAAGGAGAGCUUCAGCCUGGAGGUCAGCCUCAUCCUACACCAGAAGCUGCACACGGGGAAGGGCGAUGGGCCACUGACCUGCACCUACUGCGGGAAGGACUUCCGAGACCUCUCCAAGGCCAUCCGGCACCAGCGCAUCCACACCGGGGAGAGGCCCUACCAGUGCACUGAGUGCGGCAAGAGCUUCAUCCGGCGUGACCACCUGCUCAAGCACUGGAGGGUGCACACCGGGGAGACCCCCUACCAGUGUCCCGUCUGCGGCAAGCACUUCCGCUACAAGGAGUCCCUCAACUGCCACCAGAAGAUUCACACGAGGGAGAGGCCCUACAUCUGCCCCGAGUGCGGGAAGAGCUUCAUGCUGAAGAUCAACUUCAUGAUCCACCAGCGCAACCACCUGAAGGAAGGGCCCUAUGAGUGCCACGAGUGCGACCUCAGCUUCCGCAACAAGCAGCAGUUCCUGCUGCACCAGCGCAGCCACACCCGCCGUGGUCCCUACAAGUGCUCGGAGUGCGAGAGCAGCUUCAGCCACAAGUCGAGCCUCAGCAAGCACCAGAUCACGCACGUUGGGGAGCGGCCCUUCACCUGCGGUGAGUGCCGGCGCAGCUUCCGCCUACAGAUCAGCCUCAUCAUGCACCAGCGGAUCCACGCCGGCAAGAGCGAGAUGGCCUUCCUCUGCCCGCAGUGCGGCAAGAACUUCACCCGGCCCUCCCACCUGCUGCGGCACCAGCGGACUCACACCGGCGAGCGGCCCUACCAGUGCAGCCAGUGCGAGAAGACCUUCAGCGAGAAGUCCAAGCUGACCAACCACUACCGCAUCCACACGCGGGAGCGCCCGCACGCCUGUGCCGUCUGCGGCAAGGGCUUCAUCCGCAAGCACCACCUGCUGGAGCACCAGCGGAUCCACACGGGCGAGCGGCCCUACCACUGCACCGAGUGUGGCAAGAACUUCACGCAGAAGCACCACCUCCUGGAGCACCAGCGGGCGCACACCGGCGAGCGGCCCUACCCCUGCACCGAGUGCACCAAGUGCUUCCGCUACAAGCAGUCCCUCAAGUACCAUCUGAGGACGCACAUGGGAGAGUGA